CAGGAAGUGGUAUUCUUGUUCUGCUAGCGGAACAUAGGUCGUCAGAGGAGAGACGACAUUUUGUUAGCUUCUUAGCAAAAUAAACUGUGGAAGGUAGUCUUAGGGCAACUUGGUUGUAAUCAAAGUUGCUCUCUGUCGCCUGACAGUCUCCGGCUGUAAUCAUGUGGUAUGAAAUCCUGCCCGGCCUCGGCGUCAUGACCGUGUGUAUGAUGAUUCCCGGUCUCGCCACCAUGCAGAUUCACAAGUUCACCAACGGAGGAAAGGAAAAGAGAAUCGCUCGGUAUCCAUGGCAAUGGUAUCUGAUGGAGAGAGACAAGCGAGUGUCGGGAACAGGAAAGUACUUUGAGUCCAAGGGACUCGAGAACAUCCACUGAUUUGGAAUAAGAUGACCCUGAUGAGAAGAAAGUUGUACAUUAAAGGAUUAUAUUUAACAUUCGGUUGUUUGUUUUUUCAGUCUUUUAAGGCAGUCGUCCCUGUUAACCAUUAAACUGUUCCACACUGGAAAUCUUC